AUGGAUGCAGAAGGGCGGGGCACUGAUCCUGCCCGUCGAACAGGAUGCUGGAGGGAGGGGGGUGGGAGGAGCAGGGGCGGAGCUUCCAGAACAAAGGCGAAUGGGGAGCCUUGGAGGCCCAGGCUGGGUAUCAAAAAGGCUCUGCAGAGUGAGCAGGCCACAGCUCCACCCAGCAGUCCGUCAGACAGCCUUCGCCUGGUCCCUCCAGCCUGCCAACAGCGGGCACCCAGCAACAGUCUGCUUAGAGAAGCCUUGUUCUCCAGCGUGAUUGCGCUGACACUGCUCUGUGGCUUUCUCUACCUGCCGUGGGUUGUUGCUGCAGUUCCAGAAGGGAGCAGAGGGAUGGCCGGGAGCGGAGCCAGGAGCCGUGAGCGAGCCUUCGUCCCAGAGCUUUUCGAUGGAGCCAACAUGGCCCCACACCUCUGGCUGCAUCGCUUUGAGGUCAUCAACGACCUCAACCACUGGGACCACAUCACCAAGCUGAGGUUCCUGAAAGAGUCUCUCAGGGGAGAUGCCCUGGGGGCCUUCAAUAGUCUCAGUCCCGAGGACCAGGGAAACUACGGGGCUGUGAAAGAGACCCUCCUGAAGACCUUUGGGGGGCCCGAGGCUGCCCACAGCCACCUGCCCAAGGAGAUCGUCUUUGCCAACAGCAUGGGUAAGGGCUACUACCUCAAGGGGAAAAUUGGCAAAGUGCCCGUGAGGUUCCUGGUGGACUCCGGGGCCCAGGUCUCCGUGGUCCACCCGAGCUUGUGGGAGGAGGUCACUGAUGGCGACUUAGAUACGCUGCGGCCCUUUGAGAAUGUGGUGAAAGUGGCCAACGGGGCCGAAAUGAAGAUCUUGGGCGUCUGGGAUACGGUGGUGUCCCUGGGCAAGCUGAAGCUGAAGGCAGCCUUCCUAGUGGCCAACGCGAGUGCGGAGGAAGCCAUCAUUGGCACCGACGUUCUCCAGGAUCACAACGCCGUCCUGGACUUCCAGCAUCGCACAUGCACACUUAAAGGGAAGAAGUUCCGCCUUCUGCCGGUGGGAGGGUCCCUGGAAGAUGAGUUCGACCUGGAGCUCAUAGAGGAGGAGCCCUCCUCAGAGGAGGGGGGGCAGCAACUCUCUUGUUGA